AUGUGUGGAUCAAGCAUAAACGAAGACAAAAAUGUCCAAUUAGUGGAGUAUACCCUCAUAGAAAACUACAUCGAAGUCAUGGCUAUGAGCCUGUUUGUGUAUGAUUCUAUCAUCUCCUUCGAUCUGGAGUGGCGAACGGUCUGGUCUCCUCAUUCAUUCUCAGGGGUACUUUCCGUGUUGAACGUAUCCUGUUUCAGAUCGCUCAACUAUAUCGGGUUCCAGCUUCUUCAUCCCAUAUUUACUGGACGUAUGCACUGCUUGCGGGAUAUAUUUGGCUCAGGCAGUAUUCUGGCUCUCAAGCAAUCAUAUAUUGUACUUCAGAAGUUUGGGCUAUUGAGUCUUCACUCUCGACUUCCAAACACGACAAUGCUUCUCGCCACCCGAACAUGUGUCCUCAUGUCGAAUCUUCUCGUAGUUGUCUCCACAUGGCAGGCAACACGCGCCAAUCGAGCAGCUACUAUGCGGAAUAGCAAAGGAUCCCUUACAACCACACUGAUCCGGGAUGGGAUUGUUCACUUUGCGCUAGUGGUUGGGAUCAAUAUAGCCGACAUCACAAGCGCAUUACUCACGGGGCACUGGAUCCUCUCCGGGAAGUUCCUUCUUGAGGUGACUCACGAGGGCACUGCAGUGGGCAAACUGUAUGACACCUCGGAGUGUCAGACAACGACAAACGUCGCCUAG